AUGUCAAAUCGAGGCCCCAACUAUCUGAUGUUGCUACUUCUGAUGCUUUUGGAAUCCGCAUAUUCCAAAGGAUUUUCAAAGCAAAUCACAGAUUCUGGAAGGCUUGAAGGACAGAUAAUUCAAGAAAAAAUACCAUGUGAAAUGCCUGCUAUUACGCCGCAACUUCCAACGAGAAUCCGAUCAAAAAUAGAACUAAUUUGGCAAGAUGUCGAAAAGAAUGGAAACUGUUGGAUUGAAAUGGCUCGAACCAGAAAUGUUCUCCUUCGUUUAACGUCUGCAGAAAAAUCGGUCCUCCUUCGGAAAUCAAGAAAAGAAUGCAAAGUUCCAUCCGUGGUUCAUGCUCUUCCAGAGAAGUUCCAAAGGAAAAUUUCGGAUAUCUGGGAGAAGAAUAUCAAUGAAAAAGUGAGAAGAGAGAAAGACUGUUGGGAGCAACAACGGAAAACUAGAUUGCUUCUCUUAAAUCUUCCAAUGGGUGCUAAAUUCCACCCACCAGCGUUUGAGUGUACACUUCCACACUUCUACAAUCGUCUCGAACAUAGUUUGCAGGAAAAACUGAGAGAAAUUUGGAAAGGAUACAAGAAGGGAAGCAGUUGUGUAGAACAAAUUGAUCGGCAAAUUCAACUUCUAGAAGAGAAUGAUAUUUCUCUGAAAUCUUUCCAGAUGCCACCUCCAUCAAUGUUCCGAAAAUCGAGAGAAGUUCGAAGAAAGUUGAGAAGACGUGCAAAUGUUGCCUGA